GUGUUUGUAGAUAAUUUUUGGUUUUUUGGUCCAAGAACUCAAGUUAUGAGACUACACGAAGAGCUUCGCCCUCUUCUAAAGCUAAUACCUGAGAAAGUCACUAAGAAUACUACCCAGGAGAUAUAUGACUUAUUAGGCAUCAAGAUUAUUCGAAACUUGAAAACUAAUGACUUCACUCUAUCACAAGAUGACUACGCUACUAAAAUACUAGAAAGAUUUGGUGGAGAAUUAGGUAGGCACGCUUCUACUCCUUUACUUCAAGCGCCUAAUCCAUCCACGCCUGAAGAUGUGGAACUAUUAAAACAUACGCAGGAG